AUGGAAAAUCAGGAAGUAGAGGAUAUUAAUCCACUUGGGAUCUCACCACCAGUCCAUGUAGAGGAGCAAUUUGAUGAAGUGGCGCCAAGGCCAGCAAACAGAAUCCUUAGGGAUUAUGCUAGACUCGAUCGCUUCAACUGUGAAUCUAGUGUCAGGAAGCCCCCCGUGGCAGCCAACUUCUUUGAAAUCAGGACCGGCCUGAUUCAGACAAUUCAACAAUCUUGUAUCUUCACUGGUAAUACAAGUGAAGACCCACAUAGUCAUUUAAUUGAUUUUCUAGAACUUGUAGAAACUGCUAAGUACAAUGGAGUACCUCGUGAAGCCAUCAAGUUAUGGCUAUUUCCUUUUUCUUUAAAAGGAGAUGUCAAGACUUGGUUGCGAAGUAUGCCUCAAGGGUCCAUUAUGACAUGGGACCAGAUGACUCAAAAGUUUUUAAACAAAUAUUUUUCCCCUGCUAAAACAACAAAGUUAAGACAAGACAUAUCUAAUUUCUUGCAGACUGACACUGGAUCAGUUUAUCAAGCUUGGGAAAGAUUAAAAGCAAUGUUAAGAAAAUACUCACUCCAUGAUAUUCCUGAACAUAUGCAAUUGUACAUUCUCUAUCACGGGUUAAAACCUUCUGCUAAAAAUGUGAUAGAUGCAGCUGCAGGAGGUUCUGUAAUAGGAAAAACCACAGAGGAAUUAUUGCAACUGUUGAAUAAAAUUUCAGAGAAUGUUAUCCAAUGGCCAUCUGAGCGUGUAAUCAUUAAAAAGUUUGCUACGGCUUGUGACAUGUGCGAAGGAAACCACCAAAACCAUGAAUGUCAAGCAACCAAUCAAACGGGUGAAUAUAUUAAUGUCAUCGGUUACAAGCCAUAUCCUUUUGGGAGUCCAAUGGCACAGAAGCAUCCAGGAUUUCAGUGGAAUAACCCAAAUGGUGCAGAAAACUCUCAAAGCUUCCAGAAACAACAUGUACAAGGUCCGCCGGGAUACCAGAAUCAAAAUCGUGGGCAACCAAGUUACAGACCUUAUCAGCAAGCAGGACCAUAUCAACAAGCAGGGUCAUACCAGCAGAGGCCCCAACAAGCUCAUCCAAGUCUUGAUGACCUUUUGUACAAGUAUAUUAAGGUCACUAAUGAAAAGAUGGAAACCCAAAAUUCAUCCCUCAAAAAUCUGGAAAUUCAUUUAGGCCAAUUGGCAGCUCUUGUGUCAGAAAAGAUUCAGGGUCCCUUACCAAGCAAUACAGAGAAAAAUCCAAAAGAGUACCUUAAGGCCAUCACUUUACGGUCAGGUAAGGAACUUGAUGAACCUUAUGCAGACUGA